UUAAAGAGAACCGGAGAGAGGAAGCGCAAGUCUGUUCGAGGAUGCAUCGUGGAUGCCAAUCUCAGUGUUCUCAACUUGGUUAUUGUAAAGAAAGGAGAGAAGGAUAUUCCUGGACUGACAGAUACUACUGUGCCUCGUCGGUUGGGACCUAAAAGAGCUAGCAGAAUCCGGAAGCUUUUUAAUCUCUCUAAAGAAGAUGAUGUCCGCCAAUACGUGGUCAGAAAGCCGUUAAACAAAGAAGGUAAGAAGCCCAGGACCAAAGCACCCAAGAUUCAGCGUCUUGUUACUCCACGUGUCCUGCAACACAAACGCCGUCGUAUCGCUCUAAAGAAACAACGAACCAAGAAAAACAAGGAGGAGGCUGCAGAAUAUGCUAAACUUUUGGCCAAGAGAAUGAAGGAAGCCAAAGAAAAGCGCCAGGAACAGAUCGCCAAGAGACGUAGGCUGUCCUCUCUGAGAGCUUCUACUUCUAAGUCUGAGUCCAGUCAAAAAUAAGUCUUUAAGGGUAACAAAUAAAUGAUCAUACCUUA